UGAGCAGCGCGCAACAAAUUUGAGCAUAGAGCAGAGUACGACAAUGCAGGAGCUGCGAAGCCUGCAGUUGACCAGACGGCAGCUGGAGGAUAUGCGUUUGAAGUGUGAGCAAAAUCAGAGCACAAUAAAGGCACUCGAGCAGGCUCUAGAAAUGGAGCGUAAAAAAUUUGAGGCCUCUGACUUGGGCAAGGCGACGACGUACACAUGCCAAUCAGCAGCUCUAGCGCAGCAGCGAGACGAACCGGCGCACGAAGUAGCCAAUCUAAUGGAUGAUUAUAAAAAGUUAAUCCAACAAUCGGCGUUGGCGACACAACGCCCGAAAACCAGCACCAUCCUUGACCUUAUACAACGUAGCAAUCAGUGUGUGCCAAAUUUAAAUAAACUCGAAGCUAGCGUUUACGGCCUGCGCAGUGAUUUGGAGCACUUCCUUAGUGCGCACGCCACAUUAAAUAUGUCGCAAAUACAGAGCGGAAACAAACUGGAGGGACCAUCACUAAUGGACGAGCUGCGCGCUGCGGCAGAAAGCUACUAAAUUUGUAGUAAACUACUUCCAACUUCCUCUUGCUGUGCAUAAAAUGCAAACAAACAUUGCCAAAAUUGAGUUCAACUAUUCUAUGUAUACUUGUUUUAUAGUAUUUUUACAUCGGCUGUUUUUAGAUUUUUGUUCUAUACAUUUAUUUAUGAUAAUUUUGCACAAAGUACAUCCUUUUAAAUGUUAAAAGUGCUAAUUUUUUAAAGCUUUCACUUACUUUAAGCUCUUCGAAUAGUCAGCGGGUGGUGAGGCAUUAUAAGCGGCACUUGACUAUUGGUUUUUGUUUUAAUCCGAAGCCAGUUAGGCCAUAGACAAGACCUUUGGCUGAGUAUAUAGAUGCAUAUGUAUGUAUGUAUAUGUAUUUUUUAUUUAAAUUAUAAUGUGAAUGCUCUUUUUGUCAUAGAUAUCCAACAUGUUUAUAAAAAUUAAAAUUUCAUGUAACAAAAUAAAUAAUAAUAAUAAUAGUUUAGCGUUAACACUUAUGCUAAGUGCAUGGCCGCGCUUCUACUCAUAUUUGUGGUGUGCGUCUUGACGUUGUUACAUAAAUGCAGGGAGUUUUGCGUCGCUUCCGAGCGGCAAAUGGAUUUUAAGAAGAUUUUCAUGAAAGAAACACACUCGCAGGUUAUUCAUUACUUGCCGGGGGGCGACCACUGUUAGAAAGAACUUUUUAUAAUUUAGAUCUUGCUCGGACCAGGAAUCGAACCCGGGUCCUGCAAAGUUGUAGUAGACACCUCUAUUAUUACUGGCCUCGUAUUAUUACCGUUCUUUCUGGCUGGG